CUCCAGUGCACUAAACAGAUGAUCGCAGAGCGGUUUGGUCGUGGUUCUCGGACUGUGGAUCUAGAACUGGAGGCUCAGAUAGAAGUUCUCCGGGACACCAAGAGGAAGUAUGAGACUGUGCUGCGAUUGGCCAGAGCCCUGACCAAUCACUUGUACAGCAUGGUGCAGACGCAACACGCCCUCGGGGACACCUUCACCGACCUCAGCCUGAAAUCACCUGAACUACGAGAUGAGUUUGGGUACAACGCAGAGACCCAGAAGUUAUUAUGCAAGAACGGAGAGACACUGCUAGGAGCCAUCAACUUCUUUGUGUCCAGCAUCAAUACACUGGUUAACAAGACCAUGGAGGAUACGCUGAUGACCAUCAAGAUGUAUGAGGCUGCUAG